CCUUAAAUUAGAAUUUUUUUUUUUUCAAAUAUUGCAUUUUCCCUAGCCCACAUGAAACCUUGUGUAGGCCAGACAACCCUUUUAGAACAGCAACAGGUGGUGGGGAUGCUUGACCCUGAAUUGAGGAUUGAAUAAACAACUUGACUGUUCUUUAGUCUACAUAAAUCGACUAUUGGAACAUUUAUUAAAAAUACAUGAUCUAGUAAUUUGUUUGCCUACAGGAAUUUAUAAUCUGUUUAUCGGAGAAAACAUUGCCUUGCCAGAUAACAUUAUUGAGCUCGACGUUGUCGUUUGCAUCACGACCAUUGUAUUACAAACUCUUCAGGAAAAGAGGAAACAUUACCAACCUGAUUGCUUCUAAAAGCCGUGUAAAAAGUCACGCGGAAAAGUCCUGUCUCCUGUCUUCUAAAUUGCUCUUGUUUUUGCUUUCCAUUGGUUGGAGUGACGGCACAGAGCCCGCCUUCGGUUAAGAGCGCCUCUGGAUUGGCCACUGUGCUCGCCUGUCUCUGGGACCCCAGCAGAGGCGUGAGUGCGUACGGAGCCCGCUCUGAAGGAGCAAUCAGUUUCGGACGCGUUGUUGAGCCAAGCAGGUCCGAUGCACAAGUUAAAGCGACGCACAGCGGAGAUGAAGCCGGACUCCGAUUGGCUCUGAUUAAAAGUCCUUUUCAUUCAAGAGGUUGCCCAUUAUCAACAUGGCAGAGCCUUCGGUCUCAGUACCCGCUGCAAAAAUGGCGUCACUUAGCCGGGUCCGAGCCCUGACUUUAAUUUUCUUAACUGUCAGCGGAUAUUUAAUUAUCCCGACAAGUGGCGAGGAGACGGUUAUCAUUGGACUGAGACUGGAGGACACGGACGACAUUUCUUUCAUGGAUAAGGGCUUUCUCCGGGUCAGUGAGAGAUCUCGGGUGAAAUUGAGGGUCUACGGCCAAAACAUAAACAACGAGACGUGGUCCAAAAUUGCUUUCACGGAACACGAGCGGUCCAGAGUCAUUGGGAGCAUCGACAGCUCCGCUGGGGACAACAUGAGCCAAGAGGAGAUCUCAAGAUUGCAUCCCUGCGGGAUCAGAACUUCGGAUAUAAUUAUUCUGCCCAACAUAAUCUUGAAUCGCAAAACGUCGGGGACUGUAGAAAUCGAGGUCAAACCUUUGCGAAAGACGGAGAGGAGUAAGUCGUACUACCUGUGCAUCGCCACUUCAGUACCUGCUGUGGCCGGGGCGCACGAUCCGUGGAUGGAAAACACUUGGACUUAUCACGAUGGGGACGACACAAACGUCAUAGUGGUGGAGGAGAGAAAGUUCUUGCUUCCUUUUUGGCUUCAGGUGAUAUUCAUCUCCAUGCUGCUCUGUCUCUCCGGGAUGUUUAGCGGGUUGAAUCUCGGACUAAUGGCACUAGAUCCCAUGGAGCUACAGAUUGUUCAGAACUGCGGCACGGAAAAGGAGAAGAACUACUCUAGAAAAAUUGAGCCCGUUAGAAGCCAGGGGAAUUACUUGCUUUGCUCGCUUCUUUUAGGAAAUGUCCUGGUGAAUACGACCUUGACCAUUUUGUUGGAUGAUAUUGCAGGAAAUGGGUUGAUAGCUGUCGUGAUGUCCACCAUUGGCAUUGUUAUAUUUGGCGAGAUUGUGCCUCAAGCCAUAUGCUCUAGACACGGUCUCGCCGUCGGUGCCAACACAAUACUGCUAACCAAAUUCUUCAUGCUUUUGACAUUCCCAGCGUCUUAUCCAGUGAGCAAACUGUUAGAUUACCUACUGGGACAGGAGAUAGGCACCGUAUACAACCGAGAGAAACUCCUGGAGAUGCUGAGAGUGACGGAUCCGUACAACGACCUGGUGAAAGAGGAGUUGAACAUCAUCCAGGGCGCGCUGGAGUUGAGGACUAAGACCGUGGAGACUGUGAUGACACCGUUGCGGGAUUGCUUCAUGAUCCCGGGCGAUGGCAUCCUCGACUUCAAUACUAUGUCCGAAGUCAUGGAGAGCGGCUACACGCGUAUCCCAGUCUUUGAGGGGGAGAGAUCCAAUAUCGUGGACCUGCUCUUCGUGAAGGAUCUGGCGUUCGUGGACCCCGACGACUCCACGCCGUUGAAAACCAUCACGAGGUUUUACAGUCACCAAUUGCAUUUUGUGUUUAACGACACAAAGUUGGACGCUAUGCUGGAGGAAUUCAAGAAAGGUAAAUCCCACCUGGCCAUCGUCCAGCGGGUAAAUAACGAAGGGGAGGGGGACCCGUUCUAUGAGGUCCUGGGCAUUGUCACCCUGGAGGACGUCAUCGAAGAAAUCAUCAAGUCCGAGAUACUGGACGAAACAGACUUGUAUACUGACAACAAAACAAAAAAGAAAAUCACCCAUCGGGAAAGGAAGCAAGAUUUCUCGGCCUUCAAGCACACCGACAAUGAAAUGAAGGUUAAAAUAUCACCUCAGCUUCUACUGGCUACUCUGCGUUUCCUAGCAACAGAGGUGGAACCCUUUUGCCAGGCACAGAUGUCCGAGAAAAUACUGCUCAGGCUCCUAAAGCACCCGAACGUCAUCCAGGAGCUCAAGUACAACGAGAAGAACAAACGGGCGCCCGAGCACCAGCUCUUUCACCGCAACAAGCCCGUCGACUACUUCAUCCUCAUCCUGCAGGGGAAAGUGGAAGUGGAGGCUGGCAAGGAGGGGAUGAAGUUCGAGGCCGGAGCUUUUUCCUCGUACGGAAUCAUGGCGCUCACAGCCGCUCCAGUUCCCCUCUCCUUGUCUCGUUCCUUAAUGGUCACUAGAACAGAGUCCCUAGCUGGAUCUCCAGAGAAUAAAUCUCCUCCUCGACCGUUCGCCUUAAACCACUCAGACUCUCUGAACCGCAGCGAGCGGAUUGACUCCAUCACACCCACGCUAGGCAGUGGCAACAACCAGCUCAACGCCUUCCUCCAGAUCUACGUGCCUGACUACUCCGUCCGAGCUGUCUCAGACCUACAGUUUAUUAAGGUGACCCGGCAGCAGUAUCAGAACGCUUUGGUGGCCUCGCGCAUGGACAAGAUGCCCCAGUCUUCGAGCACAGAGGGCGAGUACACGCGCAUCGAACUGACUCUCAACGAGCUGCACGACGGCCCGCUGGUGGCCGACGAGACCGCGUCGCUGCUCCUACACCAGCAGCCGCCAGCCAUGCAGACGCAGUCGCAGACGCAGACGCAAGCGCUGACUCAAGCACAGACGCCCACGCCACAGCAGAACUGCGUGAGCCACAGCAAGCCCAAUCACACUACCCACAGCGAAGGCCCCAUGUAACCUCUCCAGGGGUGGAGGGGGAAGAGGGCAGAGAGAGAGAGAGAGAGAGAGAGAGAGAGAGAGAGAAAAAACAAGAGAGAGAGGGGAGGAUGGCUUGAGUUUAGAUGAAGCCCCCGUCCUCCUGCCCACUUACGCCCAAAUAUGCCCUUCCACCCCAUCUCAGCAUAGUGGCGGGUUGGAGCAGUGCCUGGACAACCCCCCACCGCAUCUGAACCCAUGCAAGACUAUUCACAACAUUUGGACCCUACUUUUUUUCGGACAGAGCACCACUUGUCUGUCCGUGUCCAUAGACACUGACCGUCCUGCACAACCAUGGGCUGUUUGGAAACCUAACAUUCUGCGUCUCUCCCCACCCAUUUCUUGGCCAUGACUGUUCUUUGUCACAGUUGUUUAUGAAGUUGACAGGGAACUUCAAGAGAGGGGAGGAAAGGAGCGCUUUGUUUUUGUAAAUUCAGCCAUGCGCUCGCUGCAUUCAUUCACUACUUCUCCCCCCAUACAAAGCAGACCAAAGAGCUUGGAGUUUGGUCGUAGACACCAACCUGACCCCCGCACCCACCCACCCCACCCCAAAAACAAACCACACCGAACUGUCCUCUUUUCCUCUUCCUGUACCCCCACACCUCCACCCUGAAUCCUCCAUCACCAGUCCCAGCCUAUUUCAUGUCCCUUCUUCUUCAGGGAGGCAUAGUGGAUUGUUAGGGGAACACAAAAAAGGACACACCGCCACAGUGCAAACAAAUAUAUAUAUAUGAAUAGAAUAAUGGUGAGUCAAAGACAGUACCAAAUACCGCUUUGAAGGAAACCAUACACCAUGAACCACGAACAUUUUUUGUGUAUUUAUUUAUUUUAUAUAAUGUGUGUGUGUGUGUGUACGUACAC